UAAUGGUUGUAAUGCGAGGCGAUGGACUUAUGUCUGCGGAUGUUCGGGGGACGGCAUUGGAUGUUCUGGCAAAUACUGAGUACUUGAUUGUUGGAGGGUCAAAUCAAAUCUCUCUUUACCUUAUGGGAUCAUCUAGUACUAGUACAAUCACAAAAAUUCGUACAAAUAGAUCAUUGGUUCGUUUGCUGAAAUUCAAUCCAGUAAUUGCGACUGGACGUUUUGCUAGUGUGUCUGGCCAAUACAUUGAUAUUUAUACACUUGGACAACACGCACAAAUUCAGCAGUUAGCUUCAUUUACAGCUCAGAAUAGAAAAGUUUCUGAUUUUUGCUGGUGUCCACAUGAUGAACAAUUAAUGAUUAGCUGUGGAGAAUCUGAUUAUGUCAAUUGUUGGGAUUUACGUGUUAAUUUAACCAAGCCGAGUUUUCAAGUAACUGCUGCAUUUGGCGCCAACCAAUCCAAAGUUGCUCCUCAUCUUCAAAAUUUUCUUUUAACAACGCAUGGGUCUGAUACACGUCUAUGGGAUUUGAGGCAUACUGUUCAUCCGAUUAUGCAAUUUUCAGCCCAUGAUUCGCGUGUACUUUGUCUUGAUUGGCAUCCACAUUGCCAGAUGCCUAACAGUUUUUUCACUUCUGCGAAUGAUUCAACACUUAAGGUAGUUAUUUUGCUUAUUUUUAAUAAAUAUUCUUAUCAGCUUUGGAAUAUGUCAAAUCAACAAAAUUCACCGACAGUUGUAAGCGUAGCCCAAUUUAGUGCUUGGAGACUUGUUUUUUCGUUUGAAGGUCAGGAAUUGGCUGCAUUGUCUUUACCACCUGUUAAUGCACUGGCACUUUAUUCAAAUUAUGGAUUAGAAAAUCCACGUCUUCUUCGGGGGAUUGAGAGAGAUACAUUAAUGGACGCUGCUUGGUUAAAAUCAACGAAUACAUUAAAAUCAACCACCAAAUUCCUCUAUACACUUUCUAAUCUUAAACACAAAUUAUGUCGACAUGCAAUUGCUUAUGAAUUUUCAAAUGAACUUCGGGAUGAAAUGUCUACUCCUAUAUUACAAACAAAAGCUGAUGAAGAAAGUGAUAGGCUUGUGGCGGUUUCUGAACAACGCCAACAUUCUGCCAGUGAACUUGAACGACGCCAUUUUUCUAUAUUUGAAGCUUUUGGUGCUGAAAAUUUAUCAAGCAAUGAAUCUGAUAAUACAGAAAAUUAUAAAAUUACCACUACAUUAACUUCUGAAUUUGAGAAAAAUAAAACUUUUGAAGACGAACAUGUCCAACAACAACAUAAUCAAAUGGAUGAACACAAAUUAAUUUCGCCCACUGCUUGUCAAAAUUUGGCACUUGAAACUGAAGAAGGAAGUGUUUGCCCCCGACGAACUAUUCCAGCAUCUGCCUCUUCAUCAUCACUCGGUCCCAUCAAAGUACAUCAACAAGUCCCCUCUACUGUUGGUAGCACUAUUCCACAAUCACCCAGUUAUUCUGAAUGGCAACGUUGGAUUAAAGCACCAAAUACAAUAGGAGGUGAUCUGUUAACUGAAUUAGAGGCACUUAGAAAGCAUACAACUGAAGGUCUUUAUACAACUGAGGAAUUUAUUGACAAUGGAUUGGUAUUUGUUGACAUUUUACAAAAUGAUUCCCCAUUUACGUCAGCCAAGGCAUCAUUGUUUCUCACACUUUUACAGCAAGAAUGUGAUGAACAAUUUAAAAUUACCAGUGAUCAAACUGUUCUUUGUAGAGUUUUUGGCCCACCUCCUUCUGCUUCAUCAGUUAUUGAUACGUCUAACCAAUAUCCCUCGAAAGCAAGUUCCCAAUCUGAUUCGACCGGUGAUGAAAGAAAUUUGCUUGCUUCCUUAGCUGCCGAAGCAACUGAAAGGGGAUCAAUUAUUUUUGGUGAAAGUGAUGCAUUAGCACCUAAUCAUAAACAAUUGGAAGCAGUUCCUUGUUCAUAUAAACCAUCUCCUUAUGAUAGUAGAGUCCCCACUCCUAGAAAUUGUGGAGCACGAUUUAAUCGGUAUCUAGUUGCUUUUGGAAUUGUUGAUCAUAUUUAUAUUCGCAAGAAUGAAGAUUUUUGUGGAGGUGUUUCACAUCAAUUAACAGUUGAUGACAGAAGGGAAGAGCGAAGUAUUCCUCGUAUAGUUCCUAUGCCUGCAUCAAUGCGAGGCGUGCAAAUUGAAAAAUCUGGAGGAAUAAAAUCCGAUGGUAUUCGUCUUCAACAGUCAGAAAGUCAAUCACCUUAUCCUCGUUCCUUGGCUGAAUAUUGUAUUUUUGUCAACCCAACGCCACCGUCUUGUCUCCGCCAAUCUUCUUCAACUUGGAAUGGAUCUUUUCAGUAUUCUCCUCCAAUAAGAUCAAUAAGUUAUGUUAUACCCCCUACUAUUGCACAUGGGUCAAAACCUCAUAGUAUUUCUGAGUCAAUGAAUCAACUCUGUUCUGGUGUGAGUGGGGAAUAUCAGAAGAAAUUGGGAGAAGUUGAGUCAUCAAAGCAAUCGCAACAACAACAGAAAACUCAAUUUAUACAAAUUAGUCAACAAAGACCAAUAAUAAGUGAUUCACGCGUUUUUGGGACUUCUCCAAAUUCAUCAUCAAUAAUAGAACCAUAUGGACAUAGUUUCUCACUUCAAAAUGUUAUGCAUUCUAUUCGACAUCGAGGUAAUUCAAUGUCGAGUGCACUUCCACAAACAACUGUCGGUGAUACAUCUUCAUCAGUAGAGCAAUUAACUACAUCGUCAACGUUUCAUAAACAGUCAAUUGACGAAAAUUUAUUUUUAGGGCUAGCAGCGGUUAUGCCUGAACAAGUAUUUAAUUCAACUGUUCUAAUAUACGAUGCUUCAACUCUUCUUCCAAUUUCACAGCCCUUGGCCAAAACAUACAAAUUACUCGGUGAUAAUCCUUCUGAAAUUUGUCGUCAUAAUUUUGAACAAGUACUUAAAUAUGGUUGUGGUCGUUCUGAUUUAUUAGCACUGUGGCAAUUUCUUGAGCAAUUAAUUUCCUAUUCAAAACCUUUCUCUUCAGCACAAAAUGGUGAUAAUAAAAAAUCUGUUCAUCUGCAAUUUGGCCGUCUCUACAAAAUCGAAUCUGCGAAAAUUCUACGCGCUGCUAGAUCAGUUGAAUUAACAGAAAUUCCAUGGAAUUCUCACCCAUUGGGAAGAGAAUUAAUAAAUAGAUUAUUAGAGCAUUAUGUAUCUAAAUCUGAUUUGCAAACAGCCGCAGUUAUUAUUUGCUUGUUUAAUAUCACAAAAAAUAACAACAUCCCAAGGAUUAAGAUUCGUAGAAGAUCAACAACAUGGACAGACAAUACUAAAAUUGGAAUUCUUAAGCAAAGCAAAACAACUGAAGAUAACACUAUUAAUAUCAGACCAACAACAAAAACAAUUUCAACCUCCUCUUCUUCAGCUGCAUUAUAUAUGCAACAAAAUAUUUCUUCUAUGCCAAUUACUACUAUAUCAGAACAUAAUGUUACAGCAAUAAUUCCACAACAUCUUAACCGUAAAACUUCCGCGGCAUCAAAUGCUGUUUUCUCAGCAAAUGCUCCUCUUGAUCAAUUUUACACGACUAGAGGUAGACAAUAUGUAGAAGCAAUAACAUCUGCAAAGGCAGCAAUUACUACAACUGUUGACCGUUUAUCUCCUUCCCCUGAAUACUUGUCGUCUUCCUCUCCAAAACCAAAAACAACUUAUACUUUACCUGCAAGGAAAGAAAGGAAUAAUAAUUUAUUGUCUUUGGAUCCAGCACUUUCUAAUCGGUUUAAUGAAGUUAAACGUAUAUAUGCUGAUAUUCUUUAUCGAUGGCGAAUGUAUAAAAAAUGUGCUGAAGUUCUUAAACAUUGUGAUAGUGGUAAAAACGAUGAGUCAAUUGAAAUAAUAAAAACUUUAAUUUGGUGUCACUUUUGUGGACAACAAAGAAGAGGAGAUUCUUUUUGUUGCAUAAAGGGACGGAGAACAUCAUCGAUUGGUAUCGUCACAACUUGUGUAACUUGUAGCCAUGGUGGACAUUUAACACAUUUGGCAACAUGGUUUGAUACACAAUCACAAUGCCCACUCGGCUGUGGAUGUGAAUGUAAAUUUUGA